AUGGAAACAACCAAGAUGAAGUACAUUGACUCUUAUAAUAUGGAACGUGUUGAGUAUAUUAAAGGAGAGACCAAACAAAAACUGCGAAUGAUGAGCAAAUUCCAAGAUGAGAUUAAAAAUCUUAAAGAUUUAAUUGAGCAAGAAAAGCAAGCAAUAGAAAAAUUUCAAGAUUAUACAGAAAGAAUCUCUUCCUCAUCGAAAGAUUCGCAAACAAAUGAAAAGGUAGCUCCAGAGUCAUCCAAUACUAAAUCGAUUAUAAAAGAAUGCGAUAUAGCAUUAUCACAGAAAGUACCUCCAAUAUACGAAUCACCAACUACAGAAAAAAUACUAAAUGCACUUCAACCUUCAAUGGAUUUUGAAUUAUUUUUUAGAGAUUACCCUAUUGUAUAUGCAUCUUUAUUCGAUGACAACAUAGAACAGAUAAACUAUCGUAGCAUAUUCGAAUACAUUGAAAAAUGGGAAAUAAAUAGCAGAACAAGUUUUAUUAACGCUUUUUUCAAAAAUCUGAACUCAGCAGCAUCGUUAGUAUCAUUACUUUCAUCAAUUGUAGAACAUAAUACAAUCUCAGAGCUUAGUGAAUACAUCGAAACAAAAUUACCAUCUCUAAUUAACGUAAAUCGAGCAGUUUUCAUGCAAGUCGAAGACGGCAAACUAGUUUUAGAGAAACAACGAUUGAAAUUCUCUCAAAAGAUGGCAGGCGGAAAAAUUACACGAGCAGUAAACAUAAACUCAGCUCUAAUUGCAACAAAAUCAUCAUUGGAAAUUGAUACAGAAGAUUCCGAGCUAAUGAAACUCAAUCAAACAAUGCUGAUACAGCCAAUAGAUACCCACAAGCAACAAGAUAAUGAUCCAGUCAUCAAAAGCCGCAUGAAACAAUCACAAAGAAUGAGCAGCAUUAGCGAUAAAAAAGCUUUGGCAAGAGUUCUUCAAUCAAGUAAAAACGUGUCAAAACCGUUUCGUUUUGAAGAACCAAGUCAAAUGGAAGAAGUUGAAUUAACAGGAAUGAAAGACUCAGCAUCAGCUGUUUUGUUACUUUUUGAUUGUUUCGGUGGUUUCCACAAUCAAGAUUUGAUCACUGCUUAUGUUAUAAGUAAAUUCAUUGGAGAAACAAUUCCUUUGAUAAAUUUGAGAGCAAAAUAUCAUUAUUCAAAAACUGCAUUACAAAGGGCUUUAGAUGUAUUGAUUAAACUUGCAGCAGUAAGUGAUUUGAAAGAGCUUAAACAGACACUUUGCGAAGGAAUUAUGCAGCAAUUUAAAUGUGAAGCAGUAACUUGUUUCAAAGUAAUGAGUAGUGGAAAGUUUUUCUCAAUUGGUAAUGAUUCUGAAACAUUCCCAGCCAAAUCAGGAUUAGUCGGAGAAGCAAUAGCAACUAAAAGGUCAAUGGCUAUAUCAAAUCCAGAGUUGUCUGUUUUGUUUAAUUCUGCAACAGAUAGAUGCAGAUUGUCCACUCCAACAAGAUCAAUUUUGAUCUCACAGAUUUUCAAUUCUACAGGAAAUGUUGCGUAUUCAAUUGCUUUGUACAACAAGAUAAAUGUUGAUGAAUUCUCCAAUGAUGAUUUAGUUACUUUAGAACUACUUUGCUUCAAUGUAAACAGCAUUUUCGAUUCAGUUGGUAUAACUCAUGAAUUGACAAAAAGCGCUGCAGGUUCAAAGAAUGUUUUCUCUGUUUACAGCAAGAUAUUCGAUACAUUGAGUUCUACCCCAGAUGUCGGAGAUGUUGUUGAAUUAUCAAAAUUCUUGACUCAUCAAAUAACUGAUUCGAUCCAUAAAAACAUUACAUUUUUCAUUUACGAUGAAAAACUGAAGACAUUGAAAUGCACAGAUUCAAUAUCAGGAUUUGAAGUUAGCAUUGAUGAAUCAUACAGUCUUGUUGAAGCAUUCAAACAACAAGAACCAAUGGAAGAAAUAUCGAAUGAAGAGAAUGUGAUGUCGCAAAUAUUCCCUUUAGAAAUGGGUUUAAUAAAAGUUAAAGCGGAUUCUCCAAUUUCAAUCAUACAGUCAAAGAUGUCAAUGAUUGGAUGGAAACCAUUGCCGCAAAUGACAACGAAAUCUAUGCUUGAAAUCAAGAUUGAAAAACUAACAAAUGUACAGCCAAUGAAAGUACGACCGAUCAGAAAGAAUUCUUCUAUUAUGAAUACUCUUGGUCCAUGGGCAAAAGUUUGUAGUCCAUUGAUUUCCUUGUCAAUUUUGUCAUCAACGAAUAUACAAAAAUUGAUUGUUUUGGCCAAUUUCGCACGAGAUAUGCCUAACGAUGAUUUGACAGUUGAAAAAAUAUUCUUAGACUUUGUGAAGGACAUGGAUUUCGGCUGUUUUUCAGCAUUUGCUUCAAAAUAUUGUGGAAAACUAAUCAGAGAAUUCAUUUCUCCAAUCGAAUCUUCAUAUGUAAGUCCUUCAAGACCCACUUUGUUUUGCAGGGAUAACAAAUUAGAUUAUGGAUUUAACGUUUUCACAACAAAACUAGAAGACUUAGUAUCCGAAACACAAUCAAUAUUCCAGGCGUUGGGACUUACGGCCUUCUUUAAUGAUACUGUAAUUUCUCAGUAUUUUGAAGUAAUCAGAUCGAAACACAACAAUAAUUUGUUCAGAAAUUAUCGAUUGUGUUUAGAUCAUUGCCAAUUUGCAGCAGCAAUUAUGAAGACAAUGGAUAUAGAGAAGCCUGAUAUGCUAUGCAUUUUACUGUACUUGCUAUCUUUGUACUGUGAUAUUUCACCUUCAACUGUAGUAUUUUGUGCUGAAAGUUUGUGUUCUGAACCUCCUUUUAAUAUCGACAAAGAUAUCAUAUAUAAAGCUUUCGUGAGAUUUGAUAAAUGCGAAACAUUUGAUGUACUUUUCGAUUCAGAUAUUAGUUCUUUGGUAUGUGCAAUAAGUAGAUACUCAUACCUUGCGAGAUCAUUAGAUACCAUGAAGAAAUUUGUUGAUCAAAGAUUUAGCGAAGACAACGAAAGUGACCAAGAAGUUCAGAAGUUUAUUAUUGAAUAUGAAAUGAGAUCCUUUAUCAUUCCUUGCUGUGGAGAGUUCGCUAAAAGAAACAUCAGAACAGAUGCAUUCAGAAAAUUAUUUACUUCGAAUGCAUCUGCAAUUACUCACUCCGUUUUCUAA